UGGCUUGUACAACGUAGAACAACUGCUUGUCUUUCCUCUCUGCUCCUGUGGGGUCCCUGGCAACCUCACGGUUGUACUAAUAUGGAUGAUUCUGCUAUUUGCGAGCAACUUCCAGGCGAAGAACUGAGUGCAUCUUAUUCUAAUGGCGACGAUGCAAUUCCUAUCGACCCCACACUCGCCGGACCGCCUAUCGAUCCAGAACUGUUAGGGAACACACAGCAGGGUGUAGAAAACCAGUUUAAUCCUGAGUCUGCACCAACUGAGGAGUCGACAAUAUUCAACCAAUACUCACAAGCACCGCAAGGAGUUCCGUUUGAAGAGGAGUACCACCCUAUGCCGCUUGACAACGAUGAACCACCUUCACCAUCUCCCAAACCUCGCGGGCGUAAACCACAGCAACGACAAUGUGCUACAUGCCGAAAAUUCAUCAAGAACUCCAAGGUUCCCGGACGUGUUGCCACCUGCCAUGAAUGCGGUUCGCACUUUCAUCUUGCUUGUCUACCCUUCAGUCACAAUCCGGAUACUAUCCUAACAUAUGAAUGGCUCUGCACAGAAUGCAAAAAAUGUGACAUUUGUCACGAGAAGGGAGACGAUGCGAAGAUAAUGUUUUGUGACGCUUGCGACCGAGGGUGGCAUACCCACUGCCUCACCCCACCUUUCGAAGAAAUUCCCGUCGGCAAUUGGUACUGUCCCCUCUGUCCAGACGCUGUCCCUAUCAUCCGAGAGGAAAUGCCACCGGCCUUUUUCUCAACAGGGAAGGGGAAAGGGAAGGCGCCAGCGCUGCCAACACCCAACGAAGAACCUGAAGCAGAGGAUCACAUUGCUGCCAACAGGCCAGCUGGGGUCAAUAAAUCCAAGGCGCGGCAGAAGUCGCCUAAGAAGAAGGCCAAUGGAAUAGCAGAGCCUCCACUCACGCCAAAACGCGUUCGUGCGCGUCCUUCAAAUGUAACACCAUUGGUGACCAGUGUUCGGUUACGCUUGUCGCAACAAGAAAAGGCGAAGAAGAUGGAAGAGGAGAUGGAACCUGAACCUCGCGGCUUGUUUGAUGAUAUACUUGGGCCAGCUGAACGAGACACGACGAAAACCGCGAUUACCCAAUCUGACAAACAAAAAUUCGAACGUAGCCGAGCUAUCGCAGAAACGAAACUCAAACCUCCCCCAAUUCGGGAACCAACGUCGGAACCCCCCGAAGCUGGUCCCUCUCGCCCUCUCCGGUCCUCUCAUGCACAACCGAUCCUUCCUUCCCCCUCUGCAUCUCCCGCGCCCUCGUCUACCUCAGGUAUCCGGCCUAACCCAACUCACGACUCCUCUGUACCACCACCAAUCCGCAUCACCAAUAUCCGUUUUGGUCAAUAUGACAUUGCGACCUGGUUCAACGCGCCAUUUCCCGAAGAGUACUCUGACAUUCCUGAUGGGCGUCUGUGGAUUUGUGAAUUUUGUCUGAAAUACAUGAAGAGUAGAUUCGGGGCGACACGCCACCGAAUGAAGUGCAAGUGUAGAAACCCACCCGGUGACGAAAUCUACCGUGAUCACGCUGUGUCAAUAUUCGAGGUAGAUGGGCGUAAGAACAAGAUCUACUGCCAAAAUCUAUGCUUGCUGUCCAAGAUGUUCCUCGACCAUAAAUCACUAUUCUACGACGUCGAGCCGUUUCUCUUCUAUGUGAUCACUGAGGUCGAUGACAUGGGCGCGCGCUUUGUCGGAUACUUCAGCAAGGAAAAGCUUAGUCCGAAAGACUACAAUGUCAGUUGCAUCAUGACACUUCCUGUGCGACAACGACAAGGAUGGGGCAACCUUCUCAUUGACUUCAGCUACUUGCUUUCAAAGAAAGAGCAUAGGUUAGGAUCGCCUGAAAAACCACUUUCGGGUCUCGGCGCUCUAGGAUAUCAGAAUUACUGGAAGCUGGCUGUAAUGCGGUUUCUCUCCACUGCUCCAGACCUUCCCCGGCUCGAAGAUAUAUGUUUGGCGACAUCAAUGACGAUGGAGGAUGUGCACUCAACGCUUACGCUCCUUGAAGUCAUCACUGUCCGAGAUGUCACACCACCGCGGCCUUCUCCUGGUCAAUCCAUCAAAUUUCCCAAAGGGCGCAAGAACGGUGUUGCGCGACGGCACCUACAACGCAAUCAAACGACAGAUAAAGGAAAUGGAGAGACAGGGCCAUUUGUUCCACCGUCGCAGUACGAAAUCCAUUGGGAUCGUGAUUCCGUUGCCGCCGAGUUGCGGAAUUGGGAAUCCAAGGGUUACUUGCAACUGAAGCCAGACAAGUUGCAAUGGAGUCCCUAUGUACUAGCAACGAUCAACAAGACGGAGGCCACUUCCUCAGCAGACACCAGCUUGCUCAUGACUACGGAAAAGCUUGCUGCUUUGCGAGCCAAAGGACUAGGAGGAGGAGUUGAGUUGAAUGGGUCAUCGAAAGUUCCAGCAACCCCGAAGGGAGCUGCUACCGCGCCGUUUGAAGACAUUUUCCACGCCAAUAGUGCGAAAGAUCAAGUAGAAAGCGAUCGUGCAUAUGCAGCCUCACUCGCAACCGACACUCCGCGAAAUUUGCGCAGCCGAAGUAACCAAUCGUCCCCUUCAACACCAAUUAUCGUGACCCCGAAACGGAGAGGACGGCCGCCAGCUAGGAGGAAACUCUUGGCUGUUGCUGAGCCUGAGAGUGAACGAGAAGAAGAGAACCAGCCACCAACCAAGAAACGGAGACUGGGGUCAUCUCCCAUACUGGAAGACCGACUUACAUCUCCGCCGGUCACAACAGGGACUUCCUCGAAUAGAACAUUAUCCCCAACGAUAGACUGCGCCGCCCAAGAAAUGACAUCGCAGGCUCAUGGACUGAACACGAGGGAAGAAGGUGAACAUGUGUCGACUGGGUUGGUUGUGUGUGACGAGCCGAACCGGGUUGCGCCAGUCAUCAAGACGAUCAUUGUGGAAGAAGCUGUAAAAGUGGAGGAGAUAGAGCCAUCAAAAGGUGGGGCAAUGGCCACAAUAGCUGCUGCCUGGCAGGGCGAGGAUGGCUCUGUACCCAUUGAUGUAGAAGCAUGA